CUUACUCGAAGCAGGACUUCGCUCGCGAUCAAGCACAACAGCCCUUUACCAAGCACAUCUCCAUUUGAAGCUGCGGUGAUGGUGACGGACAAUUAUGCGCCGAUGUCGCUCUCCCCUUCCCAUGGACCUUUAUUCCACGAGGAUGCACUAUCCUCAUCAGCGCCCGUUCGAGACUUUGCUGCUUUCAGCCAAAGGAGAGCAAACCCGACGGGGAAAGAAGUCCACUUUCACAGCUUGCACCACUGAGGGAUCAGCCUGGCGCUCCUCUCAAACCGACUCAACAGGCUUCGCUAUGGCGGGUCAUUGGAGCCAUGACGUGCUGAUCGAUAGGGACGAGCUUUGGUCAUUACAAGUAUUGCGUCAAGGGCGGCUGGACCGUCACAGAGACCAAGAAUUUGUGCCGAUGCUCCGCCAAGCAUUUGAGGAUGGUUGGGAACCCUACGCACCAUUUCACGUCCUUCACUGUCUCGCUCGCGACUGCGCCAACUUCUGCGACUUUGCGACUUCAGCAUCGUCGACGACCUCGCCCGAGCCGCGCAGCCCAAAGCCGUGCAUAGCAGCGCACGACGACGACAGCUAACAAUAUGCGGAAGAUGGGCCUUCUUCAUUCACUCUGCUUGCCUGCCGCAAGAUCUGAAACCUCACAAUAUGCGUCUCCACAGUCGGUCACUCUGUGCUGACCACUUCAACGAUGUAGAUUUGCAAGCGGUCCUGGUGCGACGCUGUCCAAUUGCGAGCAACUCAGCGG